UGUACAGCCUGCCGGAAAUGUAUUAGAAGAAGACCAAAACGAGUCCUCUCGAGUCAAACAGUGAAGUUACAGGUGUAGUGUAUGUGCUAUGAAAUGUCGGUGGCUGCUGGUGGUGUGACGUUGCUGUCCAGGUGUGUUAGACUCCUCUGUGCUAGCUGCGCUGAGGCGCCGUCAUCUUUGGCACCUGCUGGAUAUACCAGAGGGACGAGGUUACAUCCUGGGAACGUCAGGCUGAUCCACAGCAGAGCACCCGGUACAGGGAAGCUGGUGCAGAAUGGACAGAAGAAGAAAGCAGUGAUCUGUAUCGAGGGGAAUAUUGCCAGUGGGAAGACGACAUGUCUGGAGUAUUUCAGCAAAACUACCACUCUAGAGGUCCUCGCAGAACCAAUCUCCAAAUGGAGGAAUGUCCAUGGGCACAACCCUCUGGCUCUGAUGUACCAGGAUCCUGAGCGCUGGGGCAUCACACUGCAGACCUAUAUUCAGCUCACCAUGCUGGAUAGACACCUGGCAUCAGUAUCAGCUCCUGUCAUGAUGAUGGAGAGGUCCAUCUUCAGUGCUAAGUACAUCUUUGUGGAGAAUCUCUACAGAAGUGGGAAAAUGCCAGAGGUGGACUAUGCUGUUCUCAGCGAGUGGUUUCAUUGGAUCACAACUAAUAUUUAUCUUCCUGUUGAUCUGAUUGUUUACCUGCAGACAUCUCCUCAGACUUGCCAUGAGAGGUUAAAGCAGAGAUCCAGAGAGGAGGAGAAAGUCAUUCCACUGGAGUAUCUGGAGUCCAUCCAUCAGCUGUAUGAGGACUGGCUCAUUAAGUGUACCUCCUUUACUCUUCCUGCUCCUGUUUUGGUGAUUCCUUCUGACCAUGACCUCCAGAAGAUGUUGCACCAAUACGAAGAACACCGGGACAAGAUUCUAGCUGCUAGCCACCCCUGAUACCCAGAAACACACACAUUUGUACAGUUAUCUUUGUGAGGACACUCACUGAUAUAAUAUAUUCCUUAGCCCCUUACCCUGCCCUAACCUUAACCAUACCAACUAAUUGUCUACUUCAGCCAUUACCCUAGCCUAAAAUUAAUUCCAACCUGAAACCUAAAACAGUCUUUACACCUCCAGCAGCCCUCUGUAUGUGUUUCAGGAAGUGAGGGCCAGCUCACAUGUCCUCAAUCCCAUGGUGAUCCUUACAAUACAAGUACAGCACACAGCGCAGUCAGUCAAACUCAUCUGAAACAAAAGAUUCUAGAAAUCUGUUUACAAACCAUAGUUAUACAAUUGAUCUGUUACAUUUUACUCCCAACUAGAGCUUCUUCUCUGAUAACUUAUGUUUUCAUAAAGGCUAAUGCUCACUAUCAGCAUAUUUUUAAUUACAAAAUCUUCUUAGUGUACCAAAAAUGGAUAUUCUCAUGUGCUGAGUGGGAAAGCUACAGAAAGAGAAUGAACUUCAGCACAGGCAAAACAUUCCACAGUUGUUCUUAUAGAAGGAGCAGGGGUAACUACUGUGCCACUGCUCCACCUGCUUCAGAUAUACACGUCUGUGUAUAUACUGUCAAGUGGUUCUGCAACCUGACUGUUGUUUCUCUGCAAUUCAGUAAACACCUUUUACUCCUUUGUGUUGCUCAGAUAUGGUAGCUAAGGAAGAGAAUAGUACUGUGGGAGAUGUGUCCUUCUCGUGACACAGUUUAAAGAUCGUGGGGCAAUGGAAAUGUUGCCACAGGUUUUUUUAACAGCACUUUGUAUCCCUGCACACAUUCUGUUGUUUUUCUGUAGCUGUGAUAAUAAAAGCAACAAUGACAGGCCAACAGAAAGAUCACUUAUUUCUCUGGU